AAAAAAAUAAAUAAUUAUUAUCAUAAAUACAUCACCACAAAAGGAAUAAAGCCUCAACUAAACAAAUUACAGUUUGGUACCUAAACUUAAUAACAUUUUAGAUUUAUAACACAAAUUUAUUUUUUGGCAUAUAAGCCCUCAAAAUAUUGAUGGAAUAUUACAUUUUAGUACCUAAUUUUUUGUGUAUUACAUUUUGGUACCUAAAUUUUUUAAAUUCUUCAAAUAUGUCUAAUAUUUGUAUGUGUAAUAAAACACCCUCGAAUAAAUGGUUAUCCAUACCCAACUCAUACACAUAUAGAUUAUGAAAGUAAAUAUCCGUACUGUACCAAAAUUCAUCUACAAACUUCCAAACCCAUAUAUACGUUACCCAUACCCUACCAUAAUCAAAGUGUCUACUUGGGGUUUAGGUAAAUAUCACUUAUUAGACAAAGUUUUAAAAUUUGUUUAAAUUAGAUGCUCUCUUCUCAGUCAAUAUAUAUAUUGUCGAGUCAAUAUUAUUUAACAAAAUUGCUAACAAAAAAAUUAAUUUUAGACUAAUAAUAAUAACAAAAUACUAUAAAGGGUCACAUAAUACAAUGCCCAUAGGCCAUCUCCGCCCGCGACAAGGCGCGACAUCGCCACCUAGUUAUAACUAAUAACAUUACUCUUCCAUUUGACUUGCAAAAUAGAAAAAAAUCUAAGUUGUUGAGUUAGCAAUUCAAUAAGAUAAUUUGGUAUAAUUGUUUCAUAUUGAAAUAAUUACACCAAAUUGUCCCAUUUACCUAUACAAAAUCCAAUAGAGACUUUAUACUUUGAAAAAUUUAAAUUGAUUCUUUUUAAAGCAAUUUUAAAAUGAAGCAAUACAACCCAUUUCUCAAUCACUUCAUUGUCUUUUUUUUUCUCCUCUAUCUUCCUAUUACAUUUAUCGGGUCAAAUUUAGUAACCUCCUUUAUUGUAAAGGAGCUUUUGAGUUGUUGAACCAAACUCCACUUGAUAAUGUUCCUACUUCCUAAGCAACAUCUUUUGGCAAAUUGAAUAAAUUGUUCCCAUAUUGCCUCAAGAUUGAUAUCCAAAUAAAAAUAAUCCUCAUAUGCUCCUUAAUUCAUAUCUAUUGAUAAGUUGAUUUGGCAUAAUUGAAAAAAAUUGCCCCGUUUAGCUAUGCGAAAAUUUAAUAGCUAGAGCAAUUAGGCUUGGGGCCAUUUAGAUGAUGAUUUUUUUAAUGAGAUCAAUUAGAAAAUUUAAGUUGCGAGAACGGAUCAGAUCAGUAAUUAUGAGUAACCCGUCCACAUUAUCAUAACAUCAGUAUCUUUCUUUGAAAGUCUUUUAUCUUUUCCCCUUUAAUCUAUAACGAACGAUUUCUCUCUCGUUUUAAGUCGAAAUUUAAACUUUUUGCACAAAUAAAUCAUAUUAAAUGUGCAUUUUAAAAUGAUAUCCACUUUGAUAUAUUUUUAGUACAAAAAAAUUGAAUAAUAUUUUACCAGUCAUUACCAUAUUGUAUGCUCCUAUUUAAUACCAUAUGGUAAGAAAGUGUACGAUGAUGGUAUGAACAUACCAAUAUGGUAAGAAUGUUGAAUACAUGAUAGUAGAAGUAUACUAACUGUCAUUUACGAUUUUCAUCUUUGUUUACUACAAGUUACCACAAGUUACCACCCACAUACCAUUGUGGUAAAGUAUGGUAAUUUUUGGUCCAGUAUUUUUUCACCCAGAAAUUUGUAGAUCCAAUAGAUCAUGAUGAACUCGUUCCUUUUGAGCAAACGUUUUCAAAAACGACUUAAAAACGAAGAAGUUACCAUAUGGUAUGUAGUUGGUAAAAAAAUUCUUGAAAUAUAUUGAAAAUUGAUCUCAUUUUGUAGAGCACAACGAACUCGUUCCAUCUGUGAAAAAAAAUAUUGAAAUCCGAGUUAGAACGAAGAAGAUAAGAGUCGAUUAAGAAAAAUAAAAUACCUUUAAUUGACAACCCUUAGAUCUAGAUUUUUUGGGUCCACUUAGAUCUAAAGGUCCAGUUACUCAUAGUGUCGACCAAUUAAUGCAUCCUUAUUUCGUGUUGACCAACAAGACUACUAUUUGGCCGAAUUGCUUGACUCAUCAUGUCAUCCAAACAAUGUUAGAGAAUUCUCCAUUGUUGCACUUUGAUACGGUUAUAGUUAAUUGUAUAGGUGUCAAAACAUGACCCGAUCCGAGUAACCCGCCCAACCAACCUGAUCCGCGGCCCGCUUACAACCCGAUUGGACUAAAAGUCAAAGACCCGCAACCCGCCCGACCCGUAACCCGAUUGACCCGCAACUUGCUUGACCCGCAACCUGCUUGACCCGCAACCUUCUUGAUCCGAACCCGCUUGACCCGCAACCCGUUUGACCUGCAAGCCGCUUGACCCGUAACCCGACUAACCCGAACCCCAUUAACCCAACCCGAACCCGCCCGAUUGGCACGAAUAAUACUACAUAAUAUAUUUUGGUGCAUAAAUAUAUAUUUUAGGGAUUCGUUUCACUUUUCUCGUCUCUCUGCCUUUCAGUUGAACCAAGUAAACAACACGUUCAUAUUGUAACAGAUUAAUUAUGUAUACUAGUUGGCUCCUGUGAUGUUUUUUUGAAUUUAAGGUACACGGUUCAAAGCCUAGCAGGAGCAUAUUUUUUUAGACCAUCAUUAAAAUUUAUUUUAUGAAAAAAAAAACAUAAAAUUCACUUAAUUUAUAUGGUAUACGGAUACAGUACAUAUAAUUCACUUAAUGUAUAGGGUAUACGGAAUACGGUAGUGGACUCGUGGGUUAGAGUUUAGAGGAUUAGGACGUAUGUUCUUCUCAAUAACUGAAUACAAAAUUGAUUUAACUAACAUUCUUCACAUAACAUACGUUAUAAUUCCAAAUACCUCCCUUUAAUGUAAAAUGAUGCAAUUGGCCCAUUUCUCAAUAGCUUCGUUGGAUUUUUAUUUUUAUUUUUCUAUCUUCCUAAUACAUACACUAGGGUUUUUUUGACAAAAGAUAAUCAUAUAUUGAUUCAAAAAAUAGAUAAUUACAUUAUGGAAUUCAACAAGGUCUGGAAAUCAAAGAAACGACUUGUAGUCGGGUACAAAAAAGGGCCUUUUUAGCCACCACAUGGGCAACACUAUUACUACACCGACCUACAAAUCGAACACUAAACCCAGAAUGGAUGGCAAAGUUAUGCAUAAUUUCUUCAAGAAUAGCCCCCAUCCGGUUAUCGCUGGUAUCUGCCUGAUUAAUCUUGUCGAUGAUCACUAUAGCAUCACCUUCAAACCUUAUUUCCGUGAAACCGUGGUCCAGACCAGACACCACAUAAUAGCCUCUCGGAGCACAAGUAAUUUGACCACCAUAGGGUUAUCAAUCAAUGGAAAUUGAAUCCAAUACAUACACUGGGUUACAUUUAAGAGUUGUUUGCUUUAUGGAUUUUGUGAUGAAUUUGUGUAUCUAUCAUGGACUUUGAGCGAAGUCCAAAGUUUGCUUAAUGGAAUUAGGGUAAUCAAAUCCGUGGGGUUGGAUUUAUUAUUGUUGUCUCUUAUAGGGCCAAUUCUUACUUGGUAGGGUAUAUGUUCUCUCUAUCUAACACAGACUUAUAUAUGCUUUGUAUGAGACCAAAUCCACGGGCUUCACGGAUUUGCAAGUUCCACCUCUUGAGGUGAGAUUUGAACGAUGGAUUAAAAUCCAUGAUGAUAGUUUACUCUUCUACACUCACUUAUUUUUUUUAGUUACAAAUUUAUACUCAUAUUUUAUUUCAAUGGGCAUGCAACUAAUGUUGUAUUUUAUUAAAAUAUUAUAAUUUAUCAUUGUAAUGUCAUAUUUAAGUAUAAUGAUUUUAUUUUAUUUAUUUGUAAGGGCAAUAAGAUGAAUUGUAUUUCAUAAAAUGAUUUGAAAUAUCUCGUCAAAAAAAAAAAUGAUUUGAAAUAUAUACAUCUUUGUCACCGCUUUGAAUACAUCUUUGUCAGCUUUAAAUACUUCUUCGACACAUUUGAAUACUUGUUCGACGCCUAUGACUACAUGUUCGUUUAUGUGAAAUAUUUGUUGGGAUUUUUUGAAUUGUUUAUUAGUGCAUACAUUUAUAUAUUUGUAGUUGAAUUAUUAGUCCACAAAGUAGCGGUAAAGAGUAAAAUCUAAUUAUAUAAAGGUAACAAGGUAAUUUGUAUUUCAAAUUCGCAAAUCUAGUUAAACAAAAUCCAUAAUCAAAUCCAAUAAACAAAUAAUAGACUUGUUCAAAUCGAUAAUGCCCCAAAAUCCAUCAUAUAUCCAUAAUUUUUCAAAAAUUAAAUUUUAUCAAAACUCUCAUUUUUCAAAUACACGAAAUAAACGACCCGUUAGCUAAUAACAAGAAAGGCGCUUUUGAGUUGUUGAACCAACCUCCACUUGAUUACGUUCUUAAACAUCUUUUUGCAAGUUGAAAAGAAAUUGUUUCCCAUAUUGCCUCCAGAUUGACAUCCUAGUUAAAAUAAUCCUCAUUAUCUUGCUUUCUUCUUAUCUUUUUAACUAUUAGCAUUUCCUUUCAAUUCUCUCUUCCCCUCCAUCUGACAAAUUUCAUUGUUAUUUUGCUGCCCUUUUAUUUCUCUGUAAAAAAAUUCCUUUGUUUUUGGUUUCCUUCAUAAUCUUUGAACAUAUCUGGUUGAUGACCCUCUCUAGAAUAUUUCAUAAAAGUGUUUUUUAAAUCAUCUAUAUACGUUCCUUACAUUUAGGCCCUCUUUUCUUCAUUGUUGAAUCUAAACUUUGCCCCCAAAUUUCAUCUAUUGUUAUUGUUUGUUGUUUAACAUCAUACAAUAUUGUCGCAUCAAUUGACGAAUUAAUGUGAAAAUUUCGGUAUCAAGGUCUCUUGCUAAUAAAACAAUGUAAUUGGAGGUGCAACCCUAGGCUAGCUUCCCUAUCGAUUCUUCGAUUAGGGCUCUGCUACGCGCGAUCCUUCCUGAUUGAGAGAUAUCGUCAAACCCUAACGUAAAAAAUCGACAAGUAGUCCUGAUGGUUGAUUCAUUAACUCGAGCUCGUGUCAUCUCGAAGAAGACGAUAAAAAGGCUCGACGUGAGAGCCAUCAUCCCGAUCCAUGCAUGCAUGAUUCCAUUGAGCCGGAAGAGAUUUCUGAAGCUGCUGGGGAUCAAGAUGGCGUGGGUUGGUGUUAUGGGCUGCAUUUGCUCCAAAGGAGGUCAACAACCCAAAAAUGGCUACGUAGAUUGCAACAACAAUGGCGGCGGCGGCAAGAGCAAAGGCAAGGGCAAGAAAUGUUCCAAGCGAAGUGCGUCCAAAAGAGACGAGGAGAUCGACACCGACGAAGAUUACGACGGAGGGCUUGGGAUCUUCCCCUUGACCCCUAACAACGAUCAGGAUGACAAGAAGAAGAAGAAGAAGAGCAGAUCCAAUCAUCAUUUCUCGAGCGUGGCGAACGGGGAGAAAGCUGCUCCGGUCGUCGCCGGCUGGCCUUCUUGGCUGACUGCGGUGGCUGGGGAAGCAAUCAAUGGUUGGAUCCCCAGAAGGCUUGAUUCCUUUGAGAAGUUGGAAAAGAUUGGACAAGGGACGUAUAGUAGUGUUUAUAAGGCACGUGAUUUAGAAUCUACGAAGAUAGUUGCGCUAAAGAAGGUUCGGUUUGCGAAUAUGGAUCCGGAGAGCGUGAAGUUCAUGGCGAGAGAAAUCAUCAUUCUAAGGAGGCUUGAUCAUCCUAACGUGAUGAAGCUUGAAGGCAUUAUUACCACGACAACGUCUGGUAGCUUGUACCUGGUUUUUGAGUACAUGGAUCAUGAUCUCUCUGGAUUGUUGUCAAGUUCAGGAUCCAAGUUCACUGAAUCACAGAUAAAAUGCUACAUGAAGCAGCUGCUCACAGGGUUGGCCCACUGCCACAGCCGAGGAAUCAUGCACCGCGACAUCAAGGGAGCCAACCUCUUGAUCGACUCCAAGGGUAAUCUCAAGAUCGCUGAUUUCGGACUAGCAGCUUUCCGAACAACCAAACCAACAACCGAUAACCGAAUCGAUAAGUCUUAUCGUCGUCAACUGACGAGCAGGGUGGUGUCGCUGUGGUACAGGCCUCCGGAGCUCCUGCUCGGCUCCACGGACUACGGAGUAGAAGUCGACCUGUGGAGCUCCGGGUGCAUACUGGCCGAGCUGUUCAACGGCGGGAAGCCGAUCCUGCCCGGAAGAACGGAGGUGGAGCAGAUCCACAAGAUCUUCAAGCUCUGUGGGUCCCCCAGCGAGGAGUACUGGAAGACGUCGAAGCUGUCCCACAGCGCCAUUUUUAAACCUCGGCAGCGUUACGAGAGGAGGGUUGGCGAGACGUUUAAGGACAUGUUGCCGUCGUCGGCUCUAGGGCUUGUUGAGGUGCUGCUUUCUGUGGAUCCUGAAAAUCGUGGCUCCACGGCUUCAGCACUUGCUAGUGAGUUUUUCACGACAGAACCUCUUCCUUGCGAGCCAUCUAGCCUGCCCAACUACCCUCCAAGCAAGGAAUUCGAUGUCAAGCUCCGGAAAGAUGAAAACAAAAGGAAAAGAGUAGCAGGAGGUAAAGGCAAAGGAAGGGAAUCAGAACGGAUAUUCACAAGAGGGGCUAAAGUCAUUGCAACUAUUAAUAGUAAUAUAGACGUGCAUAUCUCAGCAAAGAGGAGAAAAGAGCGGGAUCAAAGGGAGAAAGCAACGACGAACAACGAAAGGUCGAAGAACAGCAAAGAGGCACAUGAUGAAGCUAACUCCAAUGGAACCACAUCAACAAGAAACGCUGCAAACUCACUUGAUGAAGUAGCUGCAAGAAGGAACUCAUCAAACCAAACAACAUCAACAGCAGCUAAUUAUAAGCUAUCGAGGUUUACGAACUCAGUAGUGAUUAGAGACAACAGUAGCACCAAGGGUGAUCGCUCUUCUGCCAUGGAUUCCACAAGGAAGGGUAGUAUGCAUAUGCAUCACUCGGGGCCAUUGAUGACCGCAGGAGGCAACAUAGAAGAGAUGCUGAAAGAACACGAGAGGAGGAUCCAACAUGCAGUCAGGAAAGCGAGAUCCGCCAAGAACAACAACUUCCAUGAUCACGAUGACGACAUCACAGUUGUCAAGAACCAAUUGCUUCCAAUAACCCCAGUUAUUGAGAGAAGUUCAAUCGUGAAUCAUAUAUAGCAGACACUAACAAACAGUUGAUGAGAGGUGUUGAUGAUAAUGUUCAUUAUCACGCAAUGGUUGAAACAGAGACUGUAAAAUAUACAUGAUUUGGCAUAUAUAUAUAUAUGCUCAUUAAUUAAUAUUCUUUAAUGUGGCUUCUAAGUUGAAUGAUCUGAUCCAUCUUAUUGAGAGACGGAGGAUGUCAACGUCGAACGACCAGGGGGGAUUUGUAUUGUAUGAAUGUGGAUGUACUCAUCAGUAAUCCAAUACAAGGUCUCGAAGAAGGAAAGUGAAGUCUUUUGACUUUUUCGCUCCGUCGGAAACGAUGGGUCAAAGAAAUAAAUAAGAAAUUAAAUUGGGGUUUUGUUUGCAUGUCUUUGUAACUAAUGUGGUAUCACUUGAACAUAAUUACAAACCCCCGUCACUAUUAUUUUUAGGAUACUAUGAAUAUAUGAUAGUAAAACGACAUGUUAAGA